CCGCAACGCCUGCAGACCAGCUUUUGGCUGCUAUAUCGAAUUGACUUGAUUUGUAUUCUUUUGUCCACAAGAAGAGUACCCAAGUACUCAAAUAGUUGCUAUGGCUGCUCCAAUUUCUACCGUCGCGGAGACCAAGGAGCUUCGGGGUCUGAACCUCAUUGCUGCCCACUCGCACAUUCGGGGCCUCGGUGUUGAUCUCGACUCUUUGCAACCCAGAGCCUCUUCUCAGGGCCUUGUGGGCCAGGAAAAGGCUCGGAAGGCUGCCGCUGUUAUCCUGCAGAUGGUGAAGGAAGGUAAAAUUGCUGGUCGAGCUGUGUUGAUCGCAGGGCCUCCUAGCACGGGUAAAACGGCAAUCGCCAUGGGUAUGGCCCAAUCUCUCGGAUCAGAUGUCCCUUUCACUAUGCUUGCGUCGUCCGAAAUCUUUUCGAUGGAGAUGUCCAAGACGGAGGCUCUCACGCAAGCGUUCCGGAAGUCUAUCGGGGUCCGCAUCAAGGAGGAAAGUGAAAUCAUUGAGGGUGAGGUUGUGGAGAUUCAGAUCGACAGAAGUGUCACCGGCGGAAACAAACAAGGAAAACUCACAAUCAAGACAACGGAUAUGGAGACGAUCUAUGACAUGGGAACGAAGAUGAUUGACUCCAUGACCAAGGAGAGAGUGAUGGCAGGAGAUAUCAUCUCUAUCGACAAGUCGUCUGGCAAGAUCACCAAGCUAGGACGCUCUUAUGCGCGCUCCCGGGAUUACGAUGCCAUGGGGGCUGACACGAAAUUUGUACAAUGUCCUGAGGGCGAGCUUCAGGUUCGCAAGGAGAUUGUGCACACUGUCAGCCUGCACGAGAUCGAUGUCAUUAACUCGCGCUCACAGGGUUUCUUGGCUUUGUUCUCUGGUGACACGGGCGAGAUCCGGAGCGAGGUCAGAGAUCAAAUCAAUACCAAGGUAGCUGAGUGGAAGGAGGAAGGCAAGGCUGAGAUCAUCCCCGGUGUCUUGUUCAUUGAUGAGGUACACAUGCUGGACAUCGAAUGUUUCUCAUACAUCAACCGCGCUCUGGAGGCUGAGCUGGCUCCCAUUGUCAUCAUGGCCAGCAACCGUGGCCAUUCCAAGAUUCGCGGAACUACCUACAGCUCUCCGCACGGAUUGCCUCUCGAUUUCCUUGACCGAGUGGUCAUUGUUAGCACACAACCUUACUCUGCGGACGAGAUCAGACAGAUUCUGGCCAUCAGAGCACAAGAAGAAGAGAUUGACCUCUCGCCUGAUGCUCUGGCGCUUUUGACGAAGAUCGGUCAAGAAUCAAAUCUGCGAUACGCCAGCAACAUAAUUACCACUUCCCAUUUGCUUAGCCAGAAGCGCAAGGCAAAGGAAGUCAGCAUUGAUGAUGUCCAGCGCAGCUACCGCCUGUUCUACGACCCUGCUCGGAGUGUCAAGUUUGUGAACGCGUAUGAGCAACGAUUCAUCGGCGAUCAAGGUGCAGUGAGCUUCACGGCUGCCACGAAUGGUGAUGCCAUGGAACUGUCAUAAAGCUCGUUUCAUCAGGAAGUUUUGGAGUUAUGCAAAGACGGUCGUGCACGGAUAUUUUUUUCAGUCAUCGCAUGUCGCAUAACGGAAUCGGUGCUGAAGCUCAAGUGAGCUAAUACCCCGUCUAUGUGACUUGGUCAGUUUUUCUGUGUUUCGCACAAAAUGUUUGAUGUAUGAUAUUACUGGCGCUUUUUCAGAUGUUAGCUGCGCUAUGGGCACGUUGAUUAUAAGGUCAGUACCAAGUCAAAAGUGAGCCUAGCCUAGGCUCGAAUGAUAAUAAUGAGAUUAAUAUUCCCAAGGCUCAGGGUAUCCGCCGAUGCUAAUUUACAUAUACAAUAUUUCAACUCAG